UCGCUGCCGGCGGUCGGAACCAAACAGCUUAGCGAGCCAAUGAACCGACACACCAGGUCUACGAAGUCCAGACAGUUUCUGCUGAGCGGCGAAGCGCCGCCGGCGACGCGCGGCGUCCGACUGUACAGCAGCCUGCAGCUCGAAUGCGAGUUCCUCGGCUCUCCCCCGCCGACCAUCGACUGGCUCCGAGGCGGCAGCCUGCACCACAAGGCCGGCCUGAUCGGCGAUCUGGAAGAGGAAACCAACAGCCUGGAAACGCUUUCGCAUGGGGGAAUCGCAGCCACCCGCUCCCGCCUGUACCUGGACUGCGUCACGCCUCGGGACCAGGGCCAGUACACAUGCAGAGGAAGCACGGGCCGCGAGCUGGCGACCUCUUCUACACAGCUGAAAAUCACAGGGCCGGCCAGCGCCGACGACCUGCUCGCCUGUGAGCAAGCCAAGGAGGCAUCGUUCCGCCCGGCACGGAUCGUCCAGUGGCGCGUCCGACUUCUGGCCAAGAUGGGCAGCAGGAUACGUCUGCCGUGUGACGCCACCGGCUUUCCGGCCCCCGUCAUCACCUGGACCAGGAGCUUCCAUCCCGUCAUGGACGAAGACGAACGCGUCACGGUGACGGAGAAAGGCCAUUUGAUCAUCGACAGUCUGCAAUGGAGUGAUAUGGGCGUGUACCAGUGCACAGGCCACGAACGACUUCUCCUCGAGCACGGUCACCAGCUUCGUGUACCCGUUCAAGUCCAAAAAGUAAUCGUCUACCGGGGAUGCUGGUCAAGCGGCACAGCUCUGUCUACAGCUGCUGUUGCCGAAUGUCGAGCUACAUCGUGUCCAGCACCAGUGUCAGACCGCGGACAUGACAGCGAUGGCAUAACUGCCGAGGGCGGCACCAACAUUGCAGUACACUGGUCGCUGUGCAUGCUGGCGAGCUGCGCUCUUCUCCCUGUGAAGACAUUGCGAAGCAAAUGUGGUAAUACAUACGUUGAGGAAUUUUCGGAUGUGUUGGGCCUUAACCAUGUCCUUUGCCCUUACCACUUCCCUUGCGAGCCUUGAAGAAGAUUAUUUGGCGCACAGCAUCCGGUAAUGCCCGUCCACGUAACAGCCUUUACUUUUCAUUCCACAUUACGUAUCUCAAAGGCACAUUAUCUAUCUGAAAAUUGGUAUUAUACGCAGAGUAAAACGGGUAGAACACUGCUUAUCACGACACUUAGAGCGACAGAAAGUUGGCAAUCCACGCUGGUGCAUAAUUUCUAACUCUUGUUACCACAUGGUGCUGAUGUGGUUAAGUCAUCGAAAGAGCACCUAAUACGAGAAACUAGUUACUUUUUAAGAAACAAAAUUAUAACGCUAGGACGUAUCUCGUUACAGAAUGAGGCCGCAUGGCAAACGCGUCUUAAAUGAACUAUAAACAGAUGCCAAAUCUUAAGGGAAGCCACGUUUUAUAGAAGUAAAUAUUUGCAAUCACUUAUCCGAGAUUAAUGAAAUCGCUAGCGGCAAGAGCCACAAUCCUUUGAAGGUUGUGCUACAUGCAUUGCCAAACAGUGAUACACAAAACGUUUGAUUACACGGCUUUUAUGUAGUAUUGCAAGAACACCACAAUUUCAACUUCCUGUUUCAUCUGAUAUAGAAAACUCUCCAUCUUUUACGCUACAAGAAGGUUAUAUACCAGGGUAGACACGGGUUACGAUCCCAACGGCCCGGCGUCGGGGAGGUGUGGGGCGGGCAUACUCUGGCGGACCAUAUUGGCAAACGCGUGGGUCGAUGUCGCGCGGACGGGCGCAGCACUCGUGAAGGUCAUAAAAUAAUUAUAAUAAAAAUGUUUACAAAGGUAUCUCAGAUCUUCGCAACAGGCCCACACGGAGACGUGACAGCGACUGCACGGCACGGAGCACGCGAAUAUACGGAAUACAACCCACUUGCAGAUCUCAAAACAAUCUGACCCGUGCAUGCGGCAGCAGUCGACUCGAAAGUUGCAAGGUCGCCUUCUCCAAAAUCGUCUCGGAUGCAAGACGCGGCAGUCGUAAGUACCAGGGCUUAAGCCAUGAGACCAUUAUGUGGAUAAUAGCCCUGCGUACCUUGGUUAAUAUUCUCCAAAUAUAUCCGUAAAUAAGCGCUUAAUGCUACGUCACUAAAACUUCGCACAUUCAGUUUUCAUGAAGAGUCGAUCUUCCAACGCAUUAAGGGAAUCAUUCAAGUUUCUAUGCUUGCGUAGAGGACACUUUUCGGCCAAUGCCACUGGCAUCAGUCGCUUAAGGUGUCUGGCCAUGUUCGUUUAGAAUACGGUAUCAUGCCGAUCAAAACUGACAGCUUUUACAUCCGUUUUCGCCUCGCUCAUGCCCCGCCACACAAGGCGUAUGACUUCACGCUUUCUUUUACUUUUUCGCGCGUUCUUUACGUGCCUGACAGCAGCUGGCCGCGCUAAAAUGUCUAGUUGAAAGUAUUGCUCGACUGAAAGGCGGCCACUUACGAUCAAUGUAAAAUUCAUUGUUUGAGUUAAAUGCAAAGGAAAUCGCUGAAUGCCACCCCGAAUAGUUUUGCGCUUCUUUUCCGCGGUAUUUUUCUCUUUACGCUGCCGCAGUUCUGUGGAGUCUCAACCUUAGCUUGGGUCACAUGGGAGGAGAGCACGCCGCGACCGUAGCGUUUACAUCCCAACCGGGGAAACUGGCAGCCAGAUGAAUCAGCCUUUCUCACCUCUGGAAACAUCAACACGAACCCCGUUGUGUUUUAUAACACGACGCCGCGCUUUCCCCUCCUUCGUCUUCUCAGAAAAUCCACUGUCAGGGCGGUGAUAACGGCGGGCAAGGCGUCAUCCGAGACGGAGGACAAUAACGUUACGGCCAUGAGUCAAGGACAACACGCAGGGGGAGAAAUAUGGCGGUGUUUGGGCGUUAUUUAGGCUAAAAGCAGCUUCCUGUGUUCACAAAUUUUUUCGCGUGUUUUAGAAGACAAAGGAUUCUAAAACAUUUGCGACGUCCAACCCCUUGAAGUGCGCCGCAAGGCAGAGCAUAUAUACGUAUUCUGACAUACGCCAAGGGCCCAUCUUAUAGGUCAAAUUACAUAACGCAUUUACCCUGAGGAAUAAAUCCCCCAUAUAAAUCGGGAAAUGACGCGUCGAACUAACGAAAGUAAGAUUGUCUCGAACAUGGUUUCCUCCAUGCCCACCGCAUCGCCAGCAUAUCUGUUUGGAUGCGACGGCAAGGCCGACAGGUAGCAAGUCACAUUGUUCGACGGGAGCCUUGAACACGGGCACACCGCAGUGAGCAGGUCAACACUGAACGCCCCAGCUCACAGCCUCCCACCAUGGAGCAGAUGUGCCCCUCUCAUCAGCCUGGCCGCAAUCAGCCCGCUCCGACUCCGGGUGCGAGUGGCUUCACAAUCAGCUGGUGAUUGGUGUUUGUCGCAGCGGACGUAGCCCGCCAAAUCGACAGGCCGGGGGUUUUCAUAGCCAUGGCCGCCACAGCCCCGGCAUGAGGAGGUAUGUGCUGAAUAGGGCGGCGGCGGGAACAGCACUAGGUGAUCCACGCACGCUCACAUUAUGAAUGAGG